UCAGGCAACCUGCAGAAACAGACAAACUUGUCUUAAGCUAGAUGUCUGGUUAAACCCCUUUUUCUAAAAACUUUUCUUAUCUUGUAAAUGUAGUUUAGCUCCACCUCGUUCACAGAUUUUGUACAACUUUGAAGAUUUGCAUUAGGCUACAACGACAACUGAAGAAGUUUGUUGACAGUAACCUAUGUGCCACGGCGACUCCCAGUGAUCUUGUUAACAGCUUGACUUUCACCCGAGGCUGUCCCCGGGACGAUAAGAGCUCACGGGGGGAACGUGCAGUGAAGGAACGCAAUCUACCAAACACCGGAUUCCAGGCGAAAGAUUCUUGUAAUCAUGGUUGAGUUAUCUUAACCAUGUUCCGUGAGGUGACUCUUCAGAAGAGACGGCUGCUGAUGUUGCUACGAUAACAGGGUGACAGAAUGAGUUCCUCGGAACAAAGUAUUUCCCGCUCCUCAAAGAAGAUGUCUCAGACCGGACAGUCAUCACACAGCGAUGACAGUGACUCAUCCCGACCCAACACCAGACAGGACAGCUGGGAGGUUGUUGAAGGUUUGCGUGGAAUACUGGGCAAUGCACAGGUGCCCGAUGCCCACGAGGGCUUCCUCUUGAAGAGACGGAAGUGGCCGAUGAAAGGCUGGCACAAGAGGUACUUCCUUCUGGAUAAGGGUAUUCUGAAAUAUGGAAAGAAUGGACCUGAUUUGCAAAAGGGAAAAUGUAGGGGCUGUAUAGACGUUGGACUCUCGGUGAUGUCAAUCAAGAAGAAGGCCAUGUGUAUAGACCUUGACACUGAGGACAGCAUUUAUCAUCUGAAGGUCAAGUCUCGGGAGCUGUUUGAUGAUUGGGUGUCUAAACUGCGAAACCAUCGUGUGUUUCGUCAGAACGAGAUCGCCAUGGACCCCAGCGAGAGACAUCUGCAGUCUGACCCUAGCAGCAGCAUGAGGAAUCUCAUUCUUACCAAGCAGGCCUCUUUGCAGGCAAUGACAGGCUUGCUUCAGAAUAAUGAUGACCUGGAGCGAUGUAGCCAAGACCUCACGGAGUGUGAAUCAUGUUUGCUGGAGCUGAAUUUGUUGCUGAAGAACAUGCAAGUCAUGACGCAUGCCUACUCUGCGCCUGCCAUCAACAUGCUGCCGGGAGAUGGCUCAAAGAAAGAGAAGAGAGGACCUAAGAAAUGGCGUUCAAAGACACCCAGCAAAGACAGCAAUAACACACUACAAGUUCCAAGUCCCACCCGUCAUCAUGUCUCCAACCCAAACUUGUCAGACAGUGAGCCUGCAUAUCCGGAGACUUUCCUCCAGACCCCCGACUCACCGACCAAUGCAGCCCGGCUACAGGAGGACUUCUGCAGGCUGGCCAGCACCAUCCAUUCCACACUACUAUCAGCCUUCAAAACCCUGUCUGCAGAAAGAACCCAAAUCAAAUUGGUUCUGGAACAGAAGAACACUGAGGAUGCCCUUGGCGGGAUCUCCAGCCCUCUGAAGCACCAGCGAUCUAAUGAGAGCCAAGGAUCCCUCUCCGAUUCUCUGUCCGAGUUCUUUGAUGCACGGGAAUACCUGCUGUCCGCCAGCUCCACUGACAAUGAGGUGUCAGAUGAUGAUUCGGUCCUCAGUGAUGCCAGCGACAGUGUUUCUGUGGACUAUUACAACAGCGAGGCAGGCAGUGAGAGAGACGAGAGAGACUCAGCGUCGGUGUGUGUCACGCGGCGGUCACGUCUGCCCUGUCGCAGCUCGGACAGCUGUGUGAGUCUCUGGAACAUUCUACGCAACAACAUAGGUAAAGACCUCAGCAAGGUUUCAAUGCCUGUGCAUCUGAAUGAGCCUAUCAACACCCUGCAGCGUCUGAGCGAGGAGACGGAGUACACCCAGCUUCUGGACACGGCUGCGCUCACCACUGAUCCUCAUCUACGCAUGGUCUAUGUUGCUGUUUUUGCUGUAUCGGCGUAUGCGUCCACAUUCCACCGUGCAGGAGGGAAACCCUUCAAUCCUCUACUGGGAGAGACUUACGAGUCUGACAGACCUGAUAAGGGCUUCAGAUUCAUAUCAGAACAGGUCAGUCAUCAUCCUCCAGUUUCUGCCAGUCACUGUGAGUCCAAAAACUUCAUUUUGUGGCAGGAUGUUCGCUGGAAGAAUAAAUUCUGGGGAAAGUCCAUGGAAAUUGUUCCCAUGGGAACCACUCAUGUGGUGUUGCCAGGGUUUGGAGAUCACUAUGAAUGGAAUAAGGUCACUUCCUGCAUCCAUAACAUUCUGAGUGGGCAGCGCUGGAUUGAGCACUAUGGGGAGAUGUCCAUUAAAAACACUGUUACCAGCAGCAACCCAGGCAACUGCAAGGUCACCUUUGUCAAGGGCAGAGCUGGAACCUCCAAUGUUAAUGAUGUGGAGGGCGUGGUCACAGAUGCUGACGGACAUGUCAUUCACUCCUUUUUCGGCAAAUGGAAUGAAGCCGUUUACUUGGGAGACCCACCAUCGGCAACGUGUAUUUGGAGAGCAAACCCGAUGCCUGAAGACUUUGAGCAGUUCUAUGGCCUGACACAGUUUGCCAUUGAGCUCAAUGAGCUGGAUGAAAAAGAGAGGCCUCUACUGCCCCCUACUGACACACGCUUCAGACCAGACCAGAGGCUUCUGGAAGAAGGAGAUGUGGACGGGGCAGAGGAGCAGAAGGACAGGAUAGAGGGACUGCAGAGGGAGAGGCGGAGGGUGCUGCAGGAGAACAACAUAAGCCACCAGCCCAGAUUCUUUAAGCGUUCUGAAGAUGACUCGUGGGUCAGUAAUGGGACGUACUGGGACUUGAGGAAAGACCCAGGAUUCAAACAGCUGGAGUUCCCACUGCUUUGGUGACCAAAUAGAGACUCUUCGUCUCAAUCAAAGGGCUUUCUGUUUUUCAUGGUUAAACAUGGCUUUACUGUCCUGCCCACCCAGGGAGGAAAUCUGGUUUCCAAACAAACAAAAGCUUUACCAAAGUUUUUUGGGACCACUUGACUAUUUAAAGGUGUGUGUGUGUGUGUGUGUGUGUGUGAGAUACUGCACUGCACUGAGGUAACACUGAUAUACCUUCAUCCUAGGGAAGUGAGUGACUGGUGAUUGUCCUGAGGUUGGUGUGUGAUCAGUGCCACAUUCGAGCACUCCUAGUCUGCCCUAUGCCACCACACUCCGUGCCAAAGGACACAUUUUACUACUGCUGACACACAGACACACGGACACGUUCACACACAGUCAGCCCACGCAGACACAUGAACACGUUCACACACACACCGUCAGUCCACGCUGACACACGGACACGUUCACACACACACACACAGUCAGCCCACGCUGACACACGAACACGUUCACACACACAGUCAGCCCAUAGCCUGCUGCCUUAACUUUCUUUAUAUCUCAGAGUAAAGGGAAUCAGAUUCAUAAUGAUAAUAAUGAAAAAGAUGGCAAUUGUACGCCAAAUCAUUGUACCAAUAAAAAUGGGAUUUGU